AUGGAGCACCGUCAUCAUCACCAGUAUCCUCACUACUACCCAAACCACUACCAACAGUAUCAUCACUACAAUUUGUAUUCCAUUCUCGGAUUGCCAUGCUACACAUCCGAUGAAGCUGAAAUUGGCAAAGCUUUCUUGAAGCAGUCUCAGAUGUAUCAUCCUUCCAAUCCAAAUAAUGGUGCUGAUCCUGCUAGGAGUCUCCAGUGGUUUCAAACCAUUGAACAUGCCUAUGAUAUUCUCAAGGACCCAAACUCGAAGAAAGAUUAUGACAAGUUUCUGGUGGCAUCCACCCAACAUGACUUCAAUCGUAGCCGUCGAGAAGCAGCCAAGCAGCAACAGCAACAUCACUCUUAUCUCAGCAGCUGGAUGACGUCAUGGGAUCGCAAGCAAGAUGAAGCAGACUCCAAACAUUGCUUGUCGGUUUGUCUUCAGCGUGAGAAGCUAUGCCUCCAAAAUCAACUCGAGGCUAAUCAACAAGCCUUUUAUCGACGCGAACGGGGAUAUGUCAAUCGAAUCCGAUCCUUAGAGUCCACAGUAGCCUCCUUACGAAGAAAGCUGGAGGAACAUAAAGACGAAAAGGAUAAGGAAACCAAUGAUGAUACUACGUGGUCCGACAAGUCGACUUUUGCUGUGGACAAUACGACACCCACGUCCUCCAACCUCACCACUCUAAUGGUCGUGGCAGCAACGAAACCAAGAAUAGCAAUGGACAAGAAUGAAACUCUGAAGCAACAGCACCAGCAACAGAUUGGCAGUACUACUAUUAGUAGGAUCAAUACCAAACGACCAGCAUACCACAUCAUGCCAUCCUUGAUGGACAAGGAGAAUCUCGACGACGCCUGCAAGAUCCAUGUCAAGAGAGUGAAACAAAGGGAUCAUCGCCAUCAUCAGGAAUCCCGUACUUCCUCUCCUUCGAAGCAGCAGAAAUGCAGCAGAAAGGAAUUUGGAGUCGUUGCAAUAUCCCCAAACUGUCGCUAG